AUGGCGCCCUCCAAGUUCGAAGUGCGCGGGUACACCGACCACAAAAGCCCCCAGCCCGCAUCGCCCAGUGCCAGCGUGAUCCUGAUAUCACCCACCAACGAGAUCCUUCUGCUCCAUCGUGUACAGACAUCCUCGGCUUUCCCCUCGGCACACGUCUUUCCCGGCGGCAAUCUCGAGGCAUCGGAUGGCGAAGUGCCCUCGAACCCGACGGAUGUGAAGCGCCAUCUUGACAGCAUUGCGUACCGAACGGGCGCGAUCCGCGAGCUGUUCGAAGAGACGGGCAUCCUUCUGGCGCGGGAGUCGAGAGAUGCAGCAGCUCUACUCUCUGUGUCGCACCAAGCGCGAAAGAGCGGGCGCGACGCUGUCCACAAGGGCAAAAUCCCAUUUGCGUCCUGGCUAAGGACGAUAUCCCCCCAGGCUGUUCUGGAUACAGAUCGCCUCAUCCCUUUCACGCACUGGGUUACUCCGCCAAAUGUGCCCAAGCGCUUCACUACGCAGAUGUACGUCUAUUUCAUCGGCCUUGAGGAGGCGGGGAACCCGUCAUGGCGCGCGACGGGCGACGAGGUCGAGACCAUGGCUCCUGAGUGGCGGAGGGCGAGUGACUGGUUAGCGCGUGGACGGAGCGGAGAGAUCAUCUUGUUCCCCCCCCAGUUCCUUCUACUAUAUUUGAUCUCGGAAGUGUUAGAUCGUGGGGUUGUCGGCGGGCAGGCCGAGGGUGGUGAGGAACUGCUGCGGAAAAGAGAAGAGCUGCGGCGCAAGAUUGGGGAGCAAGGGUCGCCGCCGUGGAAAGACAAGUUUAUCAGCCCAAUUGGGUUGCAGUUUGGUCGGAAAGAUGGACGAUCGGUGUUGGCUUUGGAUAAGCCGGGGCCGGAGUUGAAGGAGAGUGGAUUGAAAGGGGAUUCCGAGUAUGUGGUGCUGGUCAAGUUUAGUCAAGAGGGGCCUAGACAGGUGGAAGUUGGCUUGAGGAGGGAUGUCUUGAAGGGGAAGGGAACGAAGUUAUAG